UACUAAACGGAUUGAAAGGGUUAGAGUCAAUAAUGGGUACCCCUCAACAACUAAGAUUAACAGUGGCUAUUUCGUAUUUCGCCGAGUAUGCCGAUUUGCAGAAAAUAACGUAGUAACGGCUGAAUCUCAACUACCUUUUUCAGAAUUCUCCGAAUCCCAAUCUGUUCUGCAAAUUCCCCGCUUUGGAGGAGGAUUGAGCUUGAGAUAAGCUUCUCAAGUGGUUCAAUUUCAAAGGAUUUUGAGAAAUGUGAGUAUUUCUCGAUUUUAAUGGAGUACUUCAUUUGUGAUUCUUAAUUUUUGAUUUGUUUCGCAUCGAUUUUCAUGUUAUGGAGCCUGGAUCUUUCUUUAAUCUUCCAUACUUUGAUCGUUGGUUUUUAUCGGUUUUUAGAGCCAAUAAUCCGCCAUUAGUUGCGUGAUUCCUUCACUUUCUUCUUGUUUUUGAGAUAUUUUCUGUUAAAGCAAGUGCCAAUAAUUUUAAUGAUGACGUUAACUUUAAACAUACAAUCGAACAUGCUUUGUCUUGUACUUUGGAGAGCUUAGAUAAAGAUGUAUCGAAUAUGGGUGGUUUAAAGUUUGGAACGGUCGAUGAAAAUUGCUUGAUCAAAGCAAAAAGGAAAGAAGCAAGACUGUGAGUGGCUUGAUCAGGCGCUCGAUGGAGCAGUGCCUAGCUCGACCAGUUGAGCGGUGUUGGCUCGAUCGAGCAGAAUGUCCAGAACAAGUCAGUUGCUUGACUGGAAGCUCGCUCGACCGAGUGAGGUAGUGGCCCGGUCAAGUGACAGUCGAGCAGACUACAUUGAAUUCUGUUUUUGGUCAGAAUUUGUAGUGACUAUGACGGGUGCAGGACCCCACACAUCGGAAUGAAUCAGCAUAAAAGAUAAAUUUGAUGGAAACCUUGAUGAGUGCACAUAUUGUGAAAGUUCCUGCUUGUCAUGUAAAGCAAUAUAAUUUAUCUAUUUUUAGUGCCUCUAGUCCAAGGUUGAGUGGAAAGGUACAUCAAAGUGCAUUUGGGAUGAUUAAGUGCUCUAAAAUGGCAAAUUCAGUUGCUUCUUCCAUUCAGCCACUUGAUACUUCAACUACUGAACGCUUCGAUAACACACUACCUUCAAAAGAAGUGCUUGACCUGUGGAGAAAUGCGGAUGCUGUUUGUUUUGAUGUUGAUAGCACAGUGUGCAUAGAUGAAGGUAUUGAUGAAUUUGCUGAAUUUUGUGGAGCUGGAAAAGCAGUUGCAGAGUGGACAUCAAGAGCUAUGAAUGGAUCAGUUACCUUCCAAGAAGCGCUAGCUGCUAGGCUAUCCUUAAUAAACCCAUCUCUUGCUCAACUCCAGGAUUACCUUGAAAAGAGGCCUCCAAGACUUUCAUCUGGCAUAGCAGAGCUGGUUAAGAAGCUGAAGGCAAAGAACGUUGAUGUUUAUCUUGUAUCUGGAGGCUUCCGUCAGAUGAUAAAUCCCGUUGCAUCGAUUCUUGAAAUUCCACUCGAGAACAUAUUUGCCAAUCAAAUUAUUUUUGGCGAGUCUGGAGAGUUUCAAGGGUUUAAUGAAAACGAGCCAACUUCAAGGAGUGGAGGGAAAGCUGUAGCAGUUCAACAGAUACGGAAGGCUCUUGGGUACAAAAUAUUAGGCAUGAUUGGUGAUGGUGCUACAGAUCUUGAGGCUCGUCAACCUGGAGGUGCUGAUUUUUUCAUCUGCUAUGGUGGAGUUCAACUCCGAGAUGCUGUUGCUGCAAAAGCAGACUGGCUGGUUUUUAAUUUUAAAGAUCUUAUCAAUUCCCUUGACUAGCUUCGCCAAUCUUCCCCAUUCCUUCUCGAGAGUGGAGAACCGGAGAGUGCGAAAGAUAGUUCAUUAUUAGGAAAAAUAAGAAUUCGAUGUUUGUUCGCCUUACACAUCAGAUGACUUGUACGCAUGAACGGAAGAGACGCUAAGUUCAUGUAAUAUAUGGUCGUUACAUUUGUUUCACAUUGCUUUCCUUUUUGUUUGUACUGAACCAUCUUUUGCUGGGAAGGCUGGAAAUGCUGGGCAAGAAGCCAACAGCGGAUUAUUUGAA